AUGCCGAGUUACAAUACGAGAAACAAUAGCAGCGGAAACCACUAUAUGAUGGGAAUGCAACAAAAGGGUGUUUACGGGCAACCUAUGAUGUACAACGGACAUAAUGGUAUGAGCAAUAAUGGCCAACAAGUGUAUUACGCUGGAUCGCCUAUGAACCCUACUCCGCAGACGCCAUUUGACACAGCCUAUGGCGCGUCAUUGCUACCAUCACACCUUCUUAUGGGCUCGCCAUUUGUGUCGACGCCUGGCGUCAGAAACAGCGCGUCGCAACGUGGUGGCCACAUGGGGUACGCACAACACUACAUGUCAACACCAGCAGUAAAUCUCCUGCCUGUCAAUGGUCGGAGAAGGGAGCACUUAAAUUAUGGGAGUACUGGCUUGCGCGAAUCGCCAUAUUCGAUCACAUUCAAGAUUUUGCCCAAAGGAGACGACGAGUAUAGGACUCGAUCCUUGUUGUUUUCCAACCUUAACCCAAAUAUUCAAUUUCAUGAAUUCCUGACCAAGUUUGGGAAAUUUGGUCGCAUCGAGAGCGUGUACCUGAUAGAUCUCAAGCAGAAAUCAAUUCUGCUGAGUUUUCUCACGAAGGACACAUGCCUCGACUUUUACAAUAGUGUGUUGCAAAAGUUGUCUGAGUUCAAGAGAGAGUUAAGAUCAAAGGAACUGACGCUCAAUUUUGUGGCUUUGAAAGAAGUUACAUCGGGUCCCUCAUUGCAAGACGUGAAACAAGAAGUUCUAAGGAGAGGUGCAACAAGAUCAUUAGCAUUGGAAUUUGAUCACGAAAUAACAAGUCAGGAACUCACUAUGAAUUUGGACAUCUUAGGGAAUUCUGGACCACGUUAUGUGGUGGAAGCGGUCGAUAUUGUGAAUACCGACCAUCCUUCAAAGCAUUUUAACAAGCAUUACGCCGUGAUUCACUUCAUUAGCAUUGCUAUGGCUCUAGAAACCAUAGAUUACUUACAGAAGCAAAGGCAAAAGUUGGGGAUUGUUAAGUUGGUCUUUGCCCACACCAACUCAACCGCUAGCAAGUCAGAUUUCUACAACUCUUCAAGUUCAAAUUUGGGCAGCACUAGUCAAAACAAUUCUGAGUCAAGUCUUUCGGUACACAAUGACAUACAGACUAUUGCAAAUAAACUGAAAGAUGUCACAUUGAAAGAACAAACCUUAACCAUCGUGCCAGCCGACUACUCUCCUACCGUAAUUGAAGAGCAUCAGCAACAUUGCGCACAUAUCAGCAUUUCGAAACCACUUGGCUUAGAUGGCACAGUAGCUAACGGAAAUGCCUCUGCGUCUCCAACCCCUCAGGAGCUAUUAAUACACGAAAGAAACCCAUCAAUUUCUCACGAGAACGCUAUCUCCAUGAUGCAAUCAGGUGGACAGGGUUCAGCCUAUUCGACCCCAGGCUACCAUUACUAUAUGGAUGUUGCGAAGCCCUUAAGUCAUACUCUACAACAGCAGUUCACAACAACCGCACAAGUUGCAACUGCCAUGGGUGGUGGCCUGGGAAACCGCACCGUUUACAUCGGCAAUAUCAGCCCGCGUUCCAAAGCAGAGGAUAUUUGCAAUGUUGUUCGCGGUGGUAUCUUACAGUCCAUCAAGUUCAUCGAAUCAAAGCAUAUCUGUUUUGUAACGUUCAUUGAGGCAGCGGCGGCAGUCCAAUUUUUCGCUAAUUCUUCAAUUGAACCAAUAGUAUUGCAUGGAAACGUUCUAAAAGUGGGAUGGGGUCAUCAUUCAGGUGAUCUUCCCCAAUCAAUUUCUUUAGCGGCUACUGUGGGCGCGAGUAGAAAUGUCUACGUGAGCUUACCAGAGUAUGCUUUUAAGGAUAAAUACAUUAAAGAUCCUGAAUAUCAAAAAUUCAAAGAAAAGUUCAAAUUGCCCUCCAAGGAACAACUUAAAAAAGACUUUAAUACGUAUGGAGAUAUUGAACAGAUCAACUUCCUUGAUGACGGGCACUGUUGUUGGGUGAACUUUAUGAACAUCACGAGUGCCAUCAGAUUAGUAGAGGAUGCAAACAACCCUACAGACAACGCCAAAUUUCAUGAUAAAUUUCAAGGAAGAUACAACGGUUUAAUUAUUGGUUAUGGUAAAGAUCGUUGUGGUAAUGUGAACAAAAAUUUGGUAGCCAACAAAAAUUCAAAAUUCUUUAAAAAGGUUAAAAAAGCUAGUUACAACAUUAGAAUACAAAAGCAACAAAAGUUUGAUGAUAAAAAAGCUCAGAAAUGCUAUGAUUCACAAAACUCGAAAGAACCUUCGGAUGCUGUUAUCGAAGCUGAUGCAUUCGGUAUUUCAAUUGGUGAAGCUGGGAAUAGAGGUGAAGAAUCUGAUGAGGAACAAAGAUUAGAGGAAAGCGAGCUGCUCAGGUUGAGUAAUGCCAAUAAUAAUGAAGAAGGCUUAGGUAUUUCUUUAGCACAUGAUACUCCUAAUGAUACUUUCAACGUUGAAUCAAAAAAGGCUCAUUCUAAUACCGAAGAUGAUGUAGAAUUCUCCUCAUCAGCUUCCUCAGACAUUGAUAUAAUUGUCUCUUCGCCAGGUGAUGCCUCUAACUACGGCAAUGCAGGAAAAGUUCAUAGAAUACGUUCUGACGUACAGAAUGGUCAUUCUCAUCAGACUGCAAGAAGAACAGCUCACAAUUUGAAUGGCUUCAAGGGCUUUUCACCAAUGGUUUCAAGCACAUCGCUGGACGCUGUACCACCGUUGGCCCCUUCAACUGUUUCUCGCCAGUAUUCCACUGCGACAAAGCAGAACAGCCGUCGUAGCAGUACUGGUUACGUCGGAGAGCAAAGUUCGCAAGAUAAAAGCACCAGGAACAAGAAUACACACAGACGUAGAAAGUCCAAGGCUAUUCCUGGAUCCGAUGUAAUGGCCCAGUAUCUCGCCCAAUUACAACACUCUACCUUCAUGUAUGCGGCAAAUAUUCUUGGCGUUGAUGAAGAUGAAACCGUUUUUUACGACGAAAAUGGUCCCGUGAGGGAACCAAUAUAG